UAUGCCAGGGAUGGACUGGCUUUCUUUCUUCUUUAGAGAGGACAACAGUGUCGCUUAGUUUGCUUCUAGCUGUCGUGUGCUGUGGCUAACCAACUGCCGUAACGUUAGCUAGGUAGCGGUGUCGCUAGUCAUAGCCUGUGGCUCGUUAAAAUUAGGUAGUAAAACUGGUACAUAGACAGUAUGAUCUCGUCGGAUCGGAGCACCUGGGUGUUGACCGGCGCCACAGCAGCCUGCGUGGCAGCGCUUUACCUGCCGUGCGUACAGAGGGCUGUCCCCGGAGGAGAUUCAGGAGAGCUGAUCACCGCUGCUUGUGAGCUGGGGGUGGCGCACCCCCCAGGGUACCCUCUCUUCACCUUACUGUCCCGCCUGGCUCUGGUCCUGCUGCCGCUUGGCUCUCCUGCGCACAGCGUCAACCUGAUGAGCGGCCUGAUGGGGGCGGCAGCGAGCGGCGCGCUCUGCUUUUCCGUCUGCAGGGUGGGAGGGGUGGGGCCGGGUGCGGCACUGGCCGGAGGGGUGUUUGCUGUGUCCAGGCUGGUCUGGCAAUGGUCCAUGGUGGCUGAGGUCUUCUCCCUCAACAAUCUCUUUGUGGGUCUUCUCUUCUCCCUCUGUGCCUGCUUCCAUCAUGCUGACAGCACCCCCCAGAGGAGAAAGUUUGCCCAGUGGGGGGCGCUGUGCUGUGGCUUGGGCCUGUGCAACCAGCACACACUGGUGUUGUACAUUGUGGUGAUCGUCCCAUGGGUUCUGCUGCGACUCCACUCCCACCAGGAGCUGUCGCUGCGUGGCCUGACGCAGCUGGGGCUGUGCUUCCUGGGUGGAUUCCUGCCUUACCUGUACCUGCCUGUCUCGUCCUACUGGAACACGGCGCGCUGGAGCUGGGGUGACCAGACGUCCCUCCACGGCCUGCUGACCCACCUCCUCAGGGCUGAAUAUGGCACCUUCAGCCUGGCUAAGACGGACAGCCCCGCGAGCCUGGCCGCCAUGCUACAGGCCCAUCUGGAACACUGCAUGGCUGACCUGCCACUCCCUGUCCUCAUUCUGGCUGGGGUGGCCCUGGUCCUUUCCCCCUUGAACAGCAGGAGGCGCUGUGUCCUGCCAUGGCUGCUGGCAAGCAUGUUGCUGCUGUACUCCCUGUUCUUUGCCUGGAGAGCCAACCUGGAUAUCAAGAAGCCCCUGCUCUUGGGAGUGGUGGAGAGGUUCUGGCUGCAGAGUGACGCGGUGCUGUGUGUCCUGGCUGGGCUGGGUCUGAGUGUUCUGGUGGAGGGGCUGGAGCGGAGACUGGGCCAGGGGGGGCUGUGGAGGGCGGGAGGCUGGGCCCUCACCGCUGGACUGGUGGCACACCUGGCCCACUCCAACUACAGGGAGUGUGAUCAGAGCCGUAAUGAUGUAGUGGAGAGGUUUGCCCAGGGGCUUCUGGACUCCAUCCCCCAGAAUUCCAUUAUUUUGACCCGUGGUGACCUCCCAGGGAACACCCUGCGCUACCUGCACUACUGCCAGGGACUACGUCCUGACGUGAGCCUUGUUGACCAGGAGAUGAUGACAUACAGUUGGUAUGUGGCGAAGCUGGGGCAUCACCACCACAAGGUGUACUUCCCUGGGCGCUGGUGGGACCCUGUUCAGUGGGAGGAAAAGCGCACCUUCAGCCUGGAGCAGUUUCUGCUCCACAACUCACAGAGGGCCGUGUUCGCCUGCAUCGGGCUGCCCAACGGAGACCCCAGCUGGCAGAGGAGCUUCGCUUACUGGCCCUGGGGCAUCUGCGAUCAGCUGGUGCCCGCCCAGGCCCGCUUCCACCCGGAAGAGUGGGCCCGGCGCACCCGGAACAUGUACAACUGGACCGAGCCUCAUGACAGCUUUCAUCCUGGGACCUGGGAAAGAGUGGCCAAUGAGGAGAUGUGGCAAGCCAGGAUGAAGACGGCCUUCUUCCUGUUUGACCUAGCGGACAAAGUUGAAGGAGAGACGAAGACACGUCUCUUUGAGCUGUCUUACACUCUGUAUAAGGAAAUAGUGGAGAAACACAAGGACCACCCCUCGAACUGGGACAAGAACAUGGCGUUAGCCAGUGAGAGGCUGCUGAGGUCUGGGGCGCGGGGCCACAACCCAGACAACCUUCUGACCCAGAGCAUCGAGCAUUUCACCUUAUAUCUGGAGAAGGAGCCCACAGACCCCCAGGCGGACGCCAUCCGCACUGCGGUCUCACACCUCCUCAAAGAGAGGCAGAGACUCCGAGAGAGGCACUCCUCCUGAGGUUUGGUGGACCUUCAGCAAUGUGGGCUGCCUGUUUCUCUUGAGUGGGAAUGAGAUUCUGCUGAAGGGCAGGACAUAAUUGAGAUGGAAAGGGCCAGUGAAACCACACAAAUAAGACUGACAGCACACCAGAGCUCAUUGAAGAGGGAGAGGUGGUGAAGGUGGGAAGGCUGGGGCAGGUGGAUGGGCUGCUUUCCAGGUUUGUGAUGGGCUCAUGAAAUGUCAAAAUCUACUGCCUUUUCUGAGGGCAGUUGAAGUAAUGAUGCUAGACAAACACGGACCCAGUCUUUACUUAAAAAAAAUA